CGGGACUGGGAGGCAUGGUGGGCGCUAUGAUGUUGUCUAGUCCUAAAACGUUGCACUUAUGUGUAUUAAUAUGUUGUUUGUUGCCCCUUUUGGCCUCUAAACUUAAUGUACCACGCGUUCUUCUUCCCUACAACCAUGAAAUUCCUUCAAAUUUCACACUGAAGGUGUUUGAAGGUGGCUGUUACCAGUGGUCGUGCUCAAGAAGUGAGGUUGUGUUGCUCACUGAGGUUAUAGAGGAUGGUUGUGCCAAUGAGGUACAGGUGUCUGCCAUCAGCCGGUCUCCCUCCAGACAAACGGCUAUUAUACUGGCCCAAGACUCUGGAAGUGGUGGAAUUUUGCGUUGUGAUGUUCUUGUUGAUACCAUUCACCGUCUAGAGAUCGUGACAACAACGAGAGAAUUAUACGUGGAAGAAGCGCCAGAAGAGUUUGAAGUACGAGCUUAUGAUGACCAAGGUAAUGAAUUUACUACAUUGGAAGGCAUAGAAAUGAUAUGGGAUCUUCAGACCUUGACUGACCGAGGCUCUGUAGUGGCUGCCCAGACUGUUCUCAAGUUCAUGACCUUUGAUGAGUCACCAUAUGAGAUGCCACCCUCUAUUGCCCCCCUUGAGGAAAGUGGUCGCAUGGGUUACAUGGCCCUCAUUGAAGGAAGACAAACUGGCUCAGCUAGACUUUCUGUCAGGGUUGCUCACCCGGCAUAUAAGCAUCUUGCUCCAUCAUCAGUGAACCUAAUGGUUGUAGCCAACUUGCUGCUUGAUCCAGCUGAUGUGUAUGUCCUGCCUCACACUGCAGUUAAGUACACAGUGUUCCAGCUCAAACAAGGACACCUCUCCACCAUUGAUAUACCAGCAUCACAAUUCUACUUGCAGGUUGCAGAUACAGAAAUUGCAGAGCUCAACGACGACGGAGUCAGUAUCACGGCCAAAACCCUAGGCACAACACAGGUGAUUCUGAAAGACAACAAUGUGAUCUCCUCAGAGCUGGUGAAACAACCAACUGCCAACAUACAUGUUGUAGAUCCAUCAUAUCUCAUCAUCUCCAUUGAGCCCCACAACAACCCAGCUCUUAUUCUUGGCAGGCGCUACGCCUUCAUCGUCAACGUCUAUGACAAACAGGAUAAUAAAAUCUUCUUGGCAGAUAAUAUAGUAAUGGAGACAACAGUACCAUCUGAACACUUUGCUUCAGAAUAUGUCUCCAGGAAUGGCUCUUAUGUGUAUGGUGUAACUAUCAAGACGGGAAAAACUAAAGUUCAGGCAACUUUAACAGCAAUAGAAGUGGGAGACACCAUUUUAGAAAUUACUCCACCUUUGAAGGCCAGCCAAGAAAUAUCGAUAUUUGACCCCAUUGCUGUGAUACCACAACGCACCGUCCUGCCGUGGGAUCCAGUCACAAAACCUGUCUACAGUCUCAACCUAACAGUUGUGGGUGGCUCUGGCAGUGUGUUGUGGAGCAGCAGCAACACAGAAGUUGUUGGAGUAUCACAGAUGGGUGUGUGCAGAACCAAGGCAUAUGGGUCAGUAUCUGUUACUGCAGCCAUGGUGCUCAACCCACACAACAAAGAUGCUGCUGAGAUUCACAUUGUAGAGGCUAUUGGCUUGGCUCUGUUGGAGAGUGUUGUUGAAGUUGAGGUUGAGGAGAAACUACCCCUACACGUGGCCUCCUACACCCAGUGGGGAGACACCAAGGUGCCCUUCACAGUGUGUCACCAGUUGCCUCUAAAAGUAGAGCCUUUGGAACUCACCUUCAUUGCUUUGCCAGAUGUAAAGACCCCCAUUGUCAAGGGUUCCUGUGCCACUCUAGAAGUUGUGGGGAAGACUCCGGGCUUCUCGGAAGUUAAGGUCUCUUACAAAAGCUCUAAAGGGGAACUGGCAGCAUCUACCAUGGUCGCUGCAUUCAGGCCUCUUCGUCCUACCAACCCCUCAUCUGGGAAGACAGUUUUGGCUUUGGGAUCAUCAAGGGUAGUUCUGUUUGAGGGUGGUCCUCUUCCAUGGAUCAACAAACGCUCUACUCACACUGCUAAAGCUCAGGUUGAUGAUCCUGAAAAAGUAGGAGUGCAGCUUCUGGAUGAAGUUAAACAGUCUGAUGUGCACGCUAUUGAAGUAGUGUGCCACGAUCUUGGGGAGUUUACACUCACACUAACUGUUGGCAACAGUCCUGUACCAACACUACCUCAUCCCCGAAGUGUUAGUUCAACUCUUAGUGUUGUUUGUGCCUUGCCAGAUGCUAUUAGUUUGGCAGCCAUUAUCAAGAGACCUGUAGCUGCUGUGUCGCCUUGUCCAGCUGUGGCAGAGAUUGGAGUGUCUGUUGCUCACUGCUAUAAGCCCCUUUCAAUGGAAGUGAUUGUAACUGACUCGGAGAAUCUUAAGUUUGACAACAUAUCAUCACUGGUUUUAAAGUGGAAUUUGUCAGAUGAAACAUUGGCAAGUAUACCUGCUGAACCUUCCAGCCUCACACAAGUCUCCACUGUACAGGGCUUCAGUCUUCCCAUCAAAACCAAGCAGAUGCUAAAGCCAACUGGGGAAGUUGGAGAAGUGUUAGUUAGUGUGAUGCUCACUGGUUUUAACAAGUUUGUAUCUGAAGCAGCAAGACAGCAUCCUUUGCCUUCUCUCUCUGCUUCUCUACCACUCAAGCUGGUUCAGGAUGCUGUGUUGGAGCCAUCAUCUGCUGUCCUCUACCAGCAUGAGGAUAACAAGUUGGAGUUAACAGUAGCUGGAGGUUCGGGGUUCUUUGAGCUUCAGACAGCAGAAAAUGAUGUUGCUUCCUUGGCCUACAUGGAUAAAGAAAGGAUAGUCACUGUUCAGCCAAUAUCAGAUGGAGAAUUGACAGUCACUCUUGUAGACGUUUGUUUAGAAGCAGAAAAUCCUGCCACAUCUCACAUCAGGAUUGCAAGCAUUGCCUCACUGGAUUUGGUAAUUGUUGAUCGUGUAGAACUGGGUGGUGUAUUGGAGGCUGAAGUUUUGGCAAAGGACUCUUUGGGCCAUCCACUGCCUGCCCACAACCUCAUGCACCUGACACCUCAUCCACAAGCAAAUAUCAUCACGGCAAGAUAUCAGGGAGUAAACAGUGAAGGUAAUGCUGUGUAUGAGGUCACUGGGCGUCACGUAGGAGACACUACGCUACGUGUCAGUGCUGGUAAUGGUGGUAUAGGGGAAGCCCUUAUCUACAGUCCUGCCAAACCUAUUCAAGUGUUUCCACCUCUGGUGUUACAUCCCAGGAACAUCACUCUCAUUAUUGGUGCUGUGUACCAGGUGGAAACAAAAGGUGGUCCUUACCCAGAUGCUGUUGUGGAGUAUUCCAUGGUGAAUGAAACUAUUGCCAGCACAUCACAUGCAGGGAUAGUCACUGCUCUCUCUCUGGGCACAACAGUGCUGAUGGCUCAGGCUGUUAGUGUCAGUAUAGAAACUGGUCGAAAAAUUUCUUAUUCUCGGGAUGUCGUGAUUAUCAAUGUGAUUCCUCUUGAGAAAAUUCGUAUUCAUGCCCCAUUGACUCAUCUGGAAACUGGCACAACAAUGCCCUUGUAUGCCCUUGGAAGUGAAGACUAUCAGAAUCCUCUAGCUUAUGCCACAGCUGUUCCACCAUUGCUGUUUGAGUGGUCCAUUAACAACAAACAAAUUGCUUCAUUCAUCGGGAUAUACCGUAAGAAUGGAUUGUUGGAGACCAAAGAAAACAAUGGUAUUGUUAGAGUGAGGGCAGAGCGACCAGGACGUGUGUCAGUGACUCUCAAGGUUAAGCCCAGGGUGCCAGCCAACCAUCCUCACUUUCAGAUUAUAGAUAAUGUUAUCCUCACAGACAAGUUAGAAAUCAAAGUAUUUGAAUCAUUGAAACUGAAGUAUCCAGAUGAUGGAUCAUCGCACCUGCUGUUGUCCCCACAUGCAGAGGCCAAGAUAACCACCAACAGGGAUGGUGAUGGACAACUGUCUUAUAAGAUAGAAAGAUGUGAUGAGGGUGAAGGCAAGAAACAGGGGGUGAUCACUGUGAGUCCUGAUGGCAUGGUUAAGUCAGGCGGCAUCACUGGGGAAGCCACUGUUGUCGUCACCAUCAAGGAGAAAUGUGGCAUCUCACAAAGUUUAGCAGUCCUGGUGGAGGUUAAGGAUAUUAGUUACAUGCAAGCUGAAGUAGGAGCAGUCAUGAGUGUAUCUCCAGGAGAAUCUGUGAGUGUGAUGCCUCUUGGAUCAUCACUACAGCUUACUCUCUCAUACCAUGACAAUCGAGGCCGAGUUUUCCAUGCAACUAAUGCCCAGCCAACCUUCAGACCUUCAAGAUUUGAUCUUGUUGGUGUCAGCUAUGGGAACACCAACAACUCAUUAUUGGUUGAUGUUCGAGGGUCUGGCCAGAUAGUACUGCAUGUAUGGGAUGAAAAUAAUGCUCUCAUUAAUGACUAUCUACGCAUCAGUGCAGGUCCUGCAAUCACUCCAGACAGGGUAACAGUACCCCUUGGCAACCAUAUUUGUUUGUCAUCCAAUGUUAGGGGAGUAGAAGGAUCACUAGGCACAUGGUCAGCAAGUGGGGACAGUCUCACAUUAGAUCCUGUCUCGGGGGUUGCUGUCUCUCACCAGAUUGGCCGAUCUACAGUUUCUUUUGAAGUCAGUUCAGCACUUACCACUACAACAGAAAUUAACAUUUUGCCAAUUACUAAGAUUAUUGUAGUCACUCCUGUGGUGGCUUUAACUAAUGGUGAGCAAGGAAGCUUCGAAUUAGCAGUAGUUGUCCUGGAAGCAGAGGAAAGUUCAUCAUCUUCCUGCAGUCCAGUUGAUCCUCCCACAAGCUCUCCACCGUUCACCUGUGUGGUGGCUUAUUCCCCGCCCAUCCCGGAGGUUGAUAUUAAGAAUGUAUUAGGAGCAACAGCCACUUAUGUGUCAGAGAAGGGUUAUGCCUGCAAGAUAGAAACACUAGUUGGCCCAUUGCCCAGUAUAGCAACCUCAGACUCUGCAGUAAUUGUGGAGGCUGUUGUUGUGGGCCGCGGACAGCAGGGAGAGGUGCGUUCAGGUCCAGUCACUGUGCCAUUCUAUCCAUCACCUGUCACUGAUGUUUCUGAAGUAAAACUCACCAAUGAAAACCCAUCAGUUACUAUCUUCUUGCAAGGAACACCUGACGUGCUUAAUAAACUGGAGGUACUUGCCUGUGCAGUUGGCAGCAUAGAGGCAUCUCUGGGUUCUGUGGAUGGCAGGAAGAGGGCCUUGACUAUCUCUUCUAAGGACUCACUGUGGAUGUCAGAGUUGCCAGAGUUACCCAUCACUGUAUCUGUUAGUUCACCGCUCACUAAGAAUGUCGUUGAGGUGAAGGUAGAGGUGGAGCAAGUUGGGGAUGGAACCUGUGCCUUACCUAAAGCAGGCUUGGGAAUCCUUAGUCUUAUUGUGGCUGUCUUCACUAACUACGACCAGUUUCUUGUUAGCACUGCUUGCCUUAUUGUCAUAAUUGCCUGCUUAUGGAUAGGUUAUUAUGCCCUGUUUGGCCCUGGGUACAAGCAGACACAACAAAAGAGUGUGUUUGCUAACUCCCCAGCACCACCAGUAAUGCCAGCAUUUUCUCCGACUAUAUCAAGUUCUCCUGCAGGUGGUGAUUCUGUUGCCAAGCGCCUCAACUACUCAGGCUCUCAAUCUCCAUCAAGGAUUAAAAUGUGGACUGUCAACUCAGAUCCUAUUUAUGGUGCACCUCCAUACAGAAGAGGAGCCUAUGAAGGUUCUCCCACAUAUGGUGGUACAAAUAAAUGAUUGUAACAACAUGGUAGUGGUAAAUUUAACUUGUUUGUUGCGUGAUUGUGUAUGACCAGUUUCCCUGUGUUGUAGCCUUUAGGCUGUUUUAAGCCUUAUAAUAUUGAUAAUAAUUAUUUAUGGACACCACAGUACCUGUACUGUACUGUACUGUACUGUACUGUAUUUAAUUUGCAGUGGUUUCCAAAACCAUAAGACUAAGAAGUAAAUCUUAACUGGUCUACAGAAUUAACGGAACAUUAAUGACUGGUGUGUACAUUGUGUUAUGUCAGAGGCCCUCAAGUAUCACUUCUUAUCAAGGGUUAUCAACCCAUAAGAACUGGAGAAAGUGUAAAGGAUCUUACUUAUUAUUUUAAAAUAUCUUAUGUAUUAUAAUAAGAUUGGCAUAAAAUUAUUUUUUUCUUUUUCAGUAAAUUUCUCAAAAAGGAUUUUAUGUUUAAGUAAUAUUUAGAGCAGGGGUUCCCAACCUGUUGCUGGUGAGCACCACUCUGCUCCCUACUCCCUGAUAGUCUGGCAGUGCUUAACCCUUAACCCAUGAAGUGCGAUGGGGUUACUACUGAAGGGUGACAACCACAAUGAAUAUUUUGACAAAUACAGGUAGGAGUGCAUCAUCAACACUGUGCAGGAGACCGUUGUAGUGGCGAUGAUUUGGAUUGCAAAAUCAUCGAGUUUUGCCCCAUGUCCAUAGACCUGUUCUUAUAAUUACUGAAAGGAAUACAACCCUUUGGAGCCUGUGUUUGGGAAGUACAUGGACAGGUUCCAGCAGCAUUGUCACAACUCAAAUCCACAUUCCUCCUAAGUCUCAGUCUCCAUUAUUAUAGAAUUUAUUAUUUAUAAUUUACUAUAUAAUCAUUAUAUAAUUUUAAUAUUGAUACAUUAAUUUGCAUUAUUUUAUUUUAUUAUAAAAAAUUUUCUGUUUUUUGGGGGGUGAAAAUUUUUAUUGGCUUGAACAGUCACAGGAGGGAGAGAGAGGGGAUAAAGGGUUUGUGGGAGUGAUACCAUCCCAUGCACCUUGUCCUUUUAUUCUCAGGUUCAAUUACAAAUUAUAUAUUGUAUUUUUUUGUUGACAACGUUAUAUUAUUUUUAAUGAAUUGUACACCAUAAGAAAAUAUAAUAAUAACAAGUCAAAAGCCCUCCUCCCCCCACACACAUACACCUAGUCACAUGCAGUGCAGUAUCUUCACCUCCCAUUGUUUGUGACUGUCAUUGGGUGUACAGGAAAUCUGAUUUCACCACACUGUAAUAUUCAGUGAGCAAAACUUGUCCUUUCCAUAAGAAAAUUGUAUCAUUUUACUUUACUUGUAGUGAACCAUUAAAAUCAUAAUACAGUAUUUCCCCGUCAUUUAGGGGUUAAAAUAUUGCUCAAGACCUCCAGUUGUUGUAAACAUUGUAGAAGAGCACUGCCAGACUGUGAGGUAACACAGUGGUGAUCAUGACUACAAGUUAAUGUAAACAUUGUAGACUGUGAGGGAACACAGUGGUGAUCAUGACCACAAGUUAAUGUAAACAUUGUAGAAGAGCACUGCCAGACUGUGAGGGAACACAGUGGUGAUCAUGACCACAGGUUGUUGUAAACAUUGUAGAAGAGCACUGCCAGACUGUGAGGUAACACAGUGGUGAUCAUGACCACAAGUUGUUGUAAACAUUGUAGACUGUGAGGGAACACAGUGGUGAUCAUGAGCAACAGGUUGGGAACACCUGAGCUAGAGAAUAAUAUUCUACAUUGAAAGAAUCAGAUCAUUCUUUAUCAUUUUCUAGCAGUUUGCUGAAACUUGGAAUGUUAUAUUUGAGUGUAACUAAAGACAUUCAUUCCCAUAAGUACAGUACUUACAUUUUGUCUUCCAAGAGUUGUAGGUAACAAUAAAAUGCUCAGGUACUUAUAUAAAUGUUUUCUACUUCAGAUAUAAAAAUUUGAAAGGCAUCACUGUACAUAAUUUAAUAAAAGACAUGGUACUGUUAGGCAAUAAUAGAUGGCUGAUCCUUUCAAUGAAUUUAAUUGAUCUCUUGGUUUUGAGAUUUAGUGUGUUAUAGUAGAGGGGUAGAAGAGUUUUUAUUGUGGUGACAAAUUGUUAUACACUGCUAUACUGCUGUUGUGAUUUGUGCUGUGUUAGCUGUUUUGUGUUUAUCUUCGAUUAUGAAUCUGCCACUACUUUAUAAAGUUAUGUAUGUCCCAGGUAACAGUACUGUGAGUUGUUGCAUCAACAGGAAGGUGAAUGUUAUCAAAUAAGCUUAUAUUGUUGGAACCUGGACAUCAUUUACUUUUGAUAAUAUAGAUCCUGUGCUAGUCAAGUACUCUGCAUCUAGACUGUAGUCACCAUGAAACUGUGGACUGUUGGGAGAGGGUCGUGAGAAGUGACCCGUGAGAACAUUGUGAUGAGUUAUUUUGGGCCAACCCGAUGAGAGAUUUUUUUAGAUUGAGCAUUUUAGUCAUAUUUAUCUGCCUACACUAUGCCCUCGUUAAUUUGGGGGAGGGGGGGCGCUACUGGAUCACACGAAUUACCGAAAAAUCAGAAUUAACCAAGUUCGAAAUGCUGUAUUUUGACAUUCAACAAUUUCUGAAUUUUUGUGUUCGAUUAUUCAUUUGUUUUCUGCUCAGUUUUUGCACCUUACUCUAAUCUUUCUGAAGAUUGUUCCUCAUUAUUCCAACCAACAAAAAUAAAAUCGGUUACUGUGCCUUGGUUGUGCCCCAUAUAAUAUUCUACUUAUAAUUACUGUGUAUAAUUACUGACCCCAUGAUUCUGAAAAUAUUCUGUGUACAAAAAAGUUAACUUCCAAAUGCUUGCAACUAGUAUACUUUAUAUAAUUACGGUACAGUCACGGUUAAAAGUAAUCAUCCACUCCACCACUUAACCCCUGCGCCUGGCUGGGUCCUUUCUGCACAGUGAGGUGGAGAAAGGGGAUGUUUGACUUUGGAGGGGGGGGGGGUGAUAUGGGAAGCAAGAUCCUCAUCAGAAAGGGAGGGGAUAUAAAAAAGUAGGAAAAUUCAUGAAAGAAGGAAAGGAAGGAUGUAUUUUUUUUUUUCACUAUUAGUUUAGGUUUACUUGUUGUUCGGGUUUUAAACAACGUUAAUUAUAUGUUUAUAAUAACGUUGAUAUGAAGAGAAAUGUUGCAUAUGAGGGUGGAAAUCACAUUUAUUUUUGUAUUUACCAACACGGAUCAUAAAUUAUCUCAGUAGCCCAUCUCGUGCCUUCCUUGCCUGUCAGUCGUGGUCUCCCAGGCCUAAAAUUAAAUUAUUUACAUGAAAUAAGAGUUAAAAUAUGUUUUGUUUACAUUACAUACCGUGCCAGGCAUACCAUCAUAAAAUUAAGAUGUUAUUUUUACUGCAACAUAGGUAUUGUGUCGGAAAAAGUGGAGUUUAGAGGUCGGGCCAGUCUCUAUUGGAAUUAAUCCCAUAUGUUCUGUUUUUCACUUUACGCAGUUUUCACUUUCCGCGGUACCCUGUGGGUUCAAUUGACCUUGUAAAUCGGGGUACUACUGUAUAACAGCCUAGUUUAGUGUUACCAGUGGUAGCAAGCCCCUUUUCUCUUAUGUUGGCAUAUCAGGGACUCCCUCACAGAAGCCAGACACCUUAAUGACACAUUACCUGCCAAAAGCUAAGUUAAGUUCAUACGACACCUACUUUUCACCUGCCCAGACACCUGCUCUCCUGGUUAUUUGGGCCACCCCUAGCUCUCCACUUUUGACCAUGACUGUACAAUGCAAUUUCAGUAAAAAUAUAAACAUUGUGUUAUACCAUUAAAUGGUACUGUACUGUCUCCUGUCGUGUGAAAACAAUAAGACAAAGCAAGAAUCUUGUUUGGUAGUCAUUCUGUAAUCUGCUUAAACUGCUAUUUAUUAAAUGCUUAAUUUGUGGUGGGCAUUGAAAACUUAUCCUGUUUACUCAAAGAAAACAAAUUCAUAUUUUUUGCCAUUAUGUUUUUAAUAAAAGAUUUUCCUGUA